CUUAUUACUACUACUAUAUAUGAAAACAAAUUUAUGCUCAAGUUUGAAGAUUUUGAAUCUUUCUAUUUCUGAUCAACUUGGAAGAGUUUCUUCUUCUUACGCAAAUGUAACCGUUCCACUUGCGGGAUUUUUGAUUUUUGACAAAGCAGUGAUGAACCGUGGUUCAUCCUCAACAAGAUGAAUGGAUUCUCCACCGUGGACGGCUUCGUGGAGAUAACCGAAUCCUUGGCAGAGAUGAUCAAGUACAUCGCCAACGAACCGUCGUUGGGUCUUUCCUACGUUCAAAAGCACACACGGGACACCGUUCCCAACCUCCUUAACCUCAGCAACCGCCUCGCCGAUAAGUCCCGCCAAGCCACUUUGCACGCCCAGGACUUGGAAGAUUCGAUCACCAUGGUCAGCUCCAUGAAGCAAUGCGGCUUCCCAAUCGCCGAUGAGAUGAUCAAGGACAUCACGGAUUCAUUAACGUUAAUAUCGGUGAAACAACUGAAACGUGGAUUGAUCGACAGUACCGAUUCGAGCUUUACGAUGAGAAGAACCAUGUCUUGGGGACCAAUGGCUUGGGUUUAUGGUUCUGAAGAUGUGCAGCAAGAUGGAAGUAAUUAUUUUUUGACCAUGUUCAAGUCUGCAAGAGAGAAGGCGAGCGGUUUUAGAUGGCCGCAGCUCGAGUCGAAGGAACCGAUAGAACCCGCGGUUCGGUGUCCUGCUCCGACUAUACGGGUUGGAUCUGCCAGCACUGGUUCAAUACCUGAUAAUUUUCAGUGGCCACAACUGGAGUCGAAGGAACCGAUAGAAACCGAGUCCCAGAUGCCGGUUCAAUGUCAACCGGCGGAUAAACUCCAUGGAGAAGAACGGAAGGUCGAAACUGAUGGCGAAGUGUCCGGUGAGAGUAUAUUGUUCGUAUCUGAAGAUUACAAUGAUUUCAAGGCGGAUAAAGAAUCUAAAUUGGAACCAUGGUUGGAAGGAUGUGAAGACAAAUUGGAUAGAAGCAAGGGAGAAAGAGAAACAGGUGGGGUUUAGCUUGAAAAUGAAGAUUGAGUUUUGUAAUUAUCUGCAGAUACACAUGGUUGAUGGUUUCAUUGUCUUUUCGUUAAUAUUGAAUUCCGUAAAUUA